AUGUGUAAAUCAUUAAAUAAAACUGAAAAUGAUAUUGUCAGGUUAUCACAAGCUAUGGAUGCCCUGGCUAAGUUGAUUAUUUCAAAGCAAAAAGAUGGAUCACAGUUACAGGUUGAGUACGAGCAUAAAUUGAAAGAAUUAGAGAAAUUUAUUAACUUACUACUGGGCUUACAUGAAAGUACUGGAGGAAGUGUGAUGAACACUAGUGUUCUUGACAAAGUACUGCGGAAUGGCAUAGAGAUCUUGGAAAAAGAUGAUCAAAAAUAUGCUCUGAUACCGGUUAAAGCAAGGACAGAAGGAGAUACAACACAUAUUAUUCAGGGUGCAACCAGCAAAAAGAGUAGUAAAAAGAAAAAGAAUAAGAUAAAGUGUUCAUUUUGUCAGCAGGUUGGCCACACAAGAGCACGCUGUGGUGUGAGAUUGACCGUACCGCCCGGAAUAACGAGAGAACCGUCGAAGCGAUAG